AUGAUGAUGUUUAUUGCUACCAUUGUUAUUGUUUUAAUUCAACAACACGUCCAAUUAGCUUUUGCAGUUCAAUGUUCCGCGAAUCCGUGCAAUCUUAUUGCGGGUAGUUUCGAUGCAGCAAAUGGCUAUUGUUGUUAUGAUAUUCCACCGUACAAUACUGAUUCCGUGUGCACAUGUCCAAAUGCUGCAGCUGUCCUCAAUGGACCUUGCCGUACAGGUGUAUCACCAAAUCAAGGAGCUUGUAAUCGCACAUGUAUUAACGGUGGCGUCUGCAAUGUCGUCAACGGUCAACAAGUUUGCUGGUGCACACUCGGCUUUUCGGGUUCAUUCUGUGAACUGCAAGGUAUCUCAGCUCGUUGUGCUACUGGUGUGUGCCAAGCUGGAACUUGCGUUGAACAAACGAUAGGAGCAAGUCUAUUUGCUUAUUGUCAUUGCAAUCCAGGAUGGACAGGUCAAACAUGCAAUCAAUGCUAUUUUACAUGUACACAAGCCGGCGUAUUUCCUGAUACAGCUUAUUGCUCAAUUGGUCGAUAUUUUUAUUGCCCAACUGCAGGCGGUGCACCUAUUAGUGCCAUGUGUCCAGAUGGUCAAAAGUUCGAUCGUCUAACAAACAGUUGUAGCACAACAGCUACCUGUUAA